AUGGGAGAACGAGGACCAGACCAGUGGUUGGAACAAAUCAAAAAAUGUAUAGCAUUGUCAGAAUCUGACAUGAAACAAUUAUGUGAAUUAGUCAAAGAGUUAUUGAUGGAAGAAUCCAACAUUCAACCAGUUCAAUCUCCAGUUACAGUAUGUGGUGACAUUCAUGGUCAAUUUCAUGAUUUAUUAGAAUUAUUCAGAACAGCCGGAGGAUUACCAUCAGAUGAUAAUCAAACAAAUUUUAUAUUUUUAGGUGAUUAUGUUGAUCGUGGUUAUUUCUCCUUGGAAACAUUUACAUUAUUGAUGGUUUUGAAAGUUAAAUAUCCUCAUAGAAUUACUUUAGUUAGAGGAAAUCACGAAUCAAGACAAAUUACCCAAGUUUAUGGGUUUUAUGAAGAAUGUUUAACCAAAUAUGGAUCAACAACUGUGUGGAAAUAUUGUUGUCAGGUUUUUGAUUUCUUAACAUUAGCAGCUAUAAUAGAUGGUAAGAUAUUAUGUGUUCAUGGUGGUUUAUCACCAGAAAUCAGAAUGUUGGAUCAAAUUAGAGUCUUGUCCAGAGCUCAAGAAGUUCCUCAUGAAGGUGGAUUUUGUGAUCUUGUUUGGUCCGACCCUGAUAAUAUUGAUACUUGGGCAGUUUCACCAAGAGGUGCAGGAUGGUUGUUUGGAUCCAAAGUUUCACGUGAAUUUAACCAUAUCAAUAAUUUACAAUUGAUUGCCAGAGCACAUCAAUUGGUAAUGGAAGGGUUCCGUUAUCAUUUCAAAGAGAAAGAUGUGGUAACUGUUUGGUCAGCUCCUAAUUAUUGUUAUAGAUGUGGUAAUGUUGCAAGUGUUAUGCAAGUGGAUGAAGAUUUAGACCCUAAUUUCAAGAUAUUCAGUGCUGUUCAAGAUGGUGAUUUGGCAGUAAAGAACAAUACCAACAAAACACAAAGAAGUGAUUAUUUCUUGUAA